AUGAACUUCACGAAACAUGGUUUCCACCUCCUCGUUGUUUACCUUUUCCUCCUUUUCGAUGUGUACGGCGGGGUGAACGUAAACCGGAAGAAGGCCAUCCACAGGCUAAAUGGAGAACGAAGCAACAACAUUUCGAUGGCCACAAUUCUCAGCCAAGACGGGGACGGAUACCUUUGCCACUGCUCUGUUUUGGGACGCUGUUUCAGUCGAAGUAAAUGCAACGUGGUGCUAUUUCUGAUGACCGGUGGCGCAGUCUUAUCCGUGGUUUUAAUUGCCAUUUUGAUUCAGCGUGCGACCCACCUCCCCCUUAAGGCCAGGGCGAAGAAGAAGGAAGAAACAACGAAAAGGGCAAGCAUAAAAAAGGCAGAGACGAAAAAGUAG